AUGGCAGACCUUAGGAUUUACAACGUUGUCAUUCUGGGACUAGGAUUUCUGUUCAUUUUCACUGCCUUCACCACGUGUGGAAACAUUGAAGUAAGUCAAAGGACACACUUUCACUUGUGUAACCUCAGCUGAAGUCGUUACCUAGGCAAACUAUAUUGACUGGUAAUAUGUUUUGUUUGCUAGAGUCAUUAUCACUGGAGAAAAUUCACACCUACCCAUUAAUAUUUCAGAUAUUAGCAACUUCCUAGCUAGCUAAUUUAUCUGAAGUUGACAGCUGUUUGACCUCUCCCCUUCAAAUUACAUGUCAUGUAGGCUACAUACUCUAAUUAAUCAGAAAUAUAAUAUAUGUUGUCAUUUGACAUGUUUGUAAUCUAUUGACUGAUCAGUUGUUUGUUUUGCUAAAUAGUCAAGUUCACUUGAGACAAUGGACAGUUAACCAUUGAUAACUGCUAUCUGAAGUUGGUAGCUUUUUGAUAUCUGAUUUCUUUAAAAAUUUUUACAUUAGACAUGUCGUCAUUGUUUAUCAUUCAUGGUACAUCAAUAUUUAUAUAUUUCGUAAUUCCAUUCUUUUACUUUUAGAUAUGUGUGUAUUGUUAGAUAUUACUGCACUGCUGGAAAUAGGAACACAAGCAUUUCGCUACACCCGCAAAAACAUCUGCUAAAUAUGUGAAUGCGACCAAUAACAUUUGAUUUUAUUUGAAUUGUUGUCAUUUUGCAGUCAUGCUUCGCUUUUUUCAAGUCCAUUGCCUUUGUCUCUCAAGUUUAAGAACUUUUACUCCAUGAUAAAUUGCAUCAGUUUAUUUUCCAGUGCAUCUUCCAGCUCACAUGAUGUCCUCAGCUGCCUUGUCAGUGGUGCAUUGUUGGAGGAGUCCUGGGUUCAGGCACAUCUUGUGUUUCCAAUUUCUUCAUUGGUCAAUAGAUUGUCAUGUCCAAAGGAAUUACUCAAAUUAAUACAUGUAAAGGUCAAUAUCCACAGAGCACAUUGGUAGUGGUGGCAACAAUAUUUGAGAACAUAUUUUCUAUGUUCUUAUGCUUCACAUUAAUAUCCCAUUUCUCCUCUAUUUUAAAGCAAACCAUAGUUAAAAGCCUGGACAAUGACACCUUCACUGGAAGUGGUUAUCACAGGUGAGUUGGAUGGUGUUACCAUAGGCUAAAUAUUGGAAAACCACAUUAUCCCAGCAAAAUAAGUGUGGGGAGAAAUGUGCAUCUUUCAGAAUCAUUGACCCUUAUACCAGACACUAAACUUGUCUCUGUACUGUUUUCUUUCUGUCCUUGUACAACAGCCUUGGAAUCAUCUAUGGAAUGUUUUCCUUUUCAAAUUUGUUAGCUCCAACUGUUGUUGCAAUAAUUGGACCACAGUUUACAAUGUUUUUCAGUGGAAUUCUUUACAGGUGAGUAUCAAGAAUUCUAAAGGAAUGAUCCCCCCCCAAUCAUUUUCUAUUUGCAGAUCAGUAGUUGAUUGAUAUUUCUGAAGUAGUUGUCUAGUUAUAACAAGGUCAUGUGCUGCUGUUUGUUAUGGUUCCAUUAUUUUCCAUAGUGGUUACGUAGCUGUAUUCAUCACCCCAUCAACAUGGUCCUUUUACUUCACCUCAGUAGUAAUCGGCAUUGGAGCAGCCAGUAAGUCUGGUUUCUUGGGAUCUCUCCUUUGUUCCCUCUGCUAUCUGGUUAACAUUCCCUGACUACAGAAUCACUCACAUCAUUACAUAUUGGUACAAAUAUGUUUUUACAUUGAACUGUCAUGAUUUACAUGACAGUUUGGUAUAAAGUAAUAUACAAAAGUAUGUGGACACCCCUUCAAAUUAGUGGAUUCAGCUAUUUCAUCCACACCCAUUGCUUACAGGUGUAUAAAAUCGAGCACACAGCCAUGCAGUCUCCAUAGACAAACAUUGGCAGUAGAAUGGCCUUACUGAAGAGCUCAGUUACUUUCAACGUGGCACCGUCAUAGGAUGCCACCUUUCCAACAAGUCAGUUCGUAAAAUGUCUGCCCUGCUCGAGCUGCCCAUGUCAACUGUAAGUGCUGUUUUUGUGAAGUGGAAACGUCUAGGAGCAACAACGGCUCAGCCGUGAAGUGGUAGGACACACAAGCUCACAGAAUGGGACCGCCGAGUGCUGAAGCACGUAGCGCGUAAAAAUCAUCUGUCCUCAGUUGCAACACUCACUACCGAGUUCCAAACUCUGGUAGCAACGUCAGCACAAUAACUGUUUGUCGGGAGCUUCAUGAAAUGGGUUUCCAUGGCCGAGUGCAAUGCCAAGUGUUGGCUGGAGUGGUGUAAAGCUCACCGCCAUUUGACUCUGGAGCAGUGGAAACGCGUUCUCUGGAGUGAUUAAUCACGCUUCACAAUCUGGCAGUCUGACGGACAAAUCUGGGUUUGGCGGAUGCCGGGAGAACACUACCUGCCCGAAUGCAUCGUGCCAACUGUAAAGUUAGGUGGAGGAGGAAUAAUGGUCUGGGGCUGUUUUUCAUGGUUCGGGCUAGACCCUUUAGUUGAAGGGAAAUAUUAAUGCUACAGCAUACAAUGACAUUCUAGACAAAUCUGUGCUUCCAACUUUGUGGCAACAGUUUGGGGAAGGUCCUUUCCUGUUUCAGCAUGACAAUGCCCCUGGGCACAAAGUGAGGUCCAUAUAGAAAUGGUUUGAUGAGAUCGGUGUGGAAGAACUUGACUGGCCUGCACAGAGCCCUGACCUCAACCCCAACGAACACCUUUGGGAUGAAUUGGCACACUGACUGCGAGCCAGGCCUAAUCGCGCCCAACAUCAGUGCCCGACCUCACUAAUGCUCUUGUGGCUGAAUGGAAGCAAGUCCCCGCAGCAAUGUUCCAACAUCUAGUGGAAAGCCUUCCCAGAAGAGUGGAGGCUGUUAUAGCAGCAAAGGGGGGACCAACUCCAUGAUUUUGGAAUGAGAGGUUCGACAAGCAGGUGUCCACAUACUUUUGGUCAUGUAGUGUAUGUUUCACCUCUUUGUGCAUAUUCCUAAUCCAAUCCAAAAUUCUCUACGUGGCUCUGGAGUCUACUAUUCUCUUACGCAUGCCAUUCAUUCUUAACACAUUUGUAAACUGAAUUGUACCCAUUUUUUGCUGUCGGAAUAAUGAUUUGUAAAUUGUAAGUACAUCAAAUGCGAUCCAGGCUCUGUCGCAGCCGGCCGCGACCGGGAGACUCAUGGGCGGCGCACAAUUGGCCCAGCGUCGUCCAGGGUAGGGGAGGGAAUGGCCGGCAGGGAUGUAGCUCAGUUGAUAGAGCAUGGCGUUUGCAACGCCAGGGUUGUGGGUUCGAUUCCCACGGGGGGCCAGUAUAAAAAAUUAAAAAAAUUUAUUCACUCACUGUAAGUCGCUCUGGAUAAGGGCGUCUGCUAAAUGACUAAAAUGUAAAUGUAAAUGUAAAAAUGAUAGUAAUUACACAGUAUUAUAAACAGUUAUCAAUAUGAGUACGGCAGAUCAAAUCCAGAAGGAGCACAUGACCUGCAUGCAUGGUAAAGCGUAUUGAGUGUCUUGUCAGUUGCUGAGCAUUGGACAAAGGUUAACAUGGUUAUGAUGUCUGAAAUGGAGCUUGUUAAUGACUUACAUCAAAGGGAAAUGCCGGGGUUAUGUUCAUUAUCUCUGAUCGCAAGCAAAGCAAACAUUUUACAAAUGGGAGACCUAAAUGAGAAUUCUUAGGGCACAAAUUCAGAUGAACCGAGUUGUUUGAUAAUGUUAGUUUGUGACAAAUAAAAGAGACACAUAUUUACCCUGAAUAGAUCCCCGAUACUGCAUUUUGAUCAAUUCAAAUGUCAUUAAAUAGCAACCAUCUCUAUUCAUUACAUCUGCAGUUCCUAAUCAUAAUGUAUCCCUUUCAUCAGUGCUUUGGACAGCUCAAGGACACUUCCUUGUGGAGAACUCUGAUGCUUCCACCAUCAAUAGGAACACAGGGAUGUUUUGGGCCCUUUUACAGUGCAGGUAUAUUAAUAGUAUAUAUUAACGGUAGACUACAUAAUAAUGGCAGUCAUUUCCAUUAUUUGGUGGCCUAGAGCAGAAGGUGUAAUCGUAACACGUUGUUUUCUUUUUCAGCAUGUUAUUUGGCAAUCUUUACAUUUAUUUCGAUUGGAAUGGAAGUACAGAAAUCUCAGGUAUGUGCAUGUGAAGAUCAUCCAAUGGGAAAAUAUGGAUAAAAUAGAGCUAACAUUAAUGAAAACUUGCAAUUGCAUCUUUGUUUUCAUUUAGGAUAUGACUCAUGCGUCCUUCCAAUAUUGUUGCCCUACUUAGUGUGUUCUCUGUUUGAUACUUUAUUCUUUGUUAUUGAUGUCCCUCUCAGAUAGGAGCAGAAAGACUAUCUUUAUAGGUCUGCUGGUCACCUCAGUGCUGGGAACACUCAGCUUCCUGGCUCUGAGAAAGACUAUUCCACCAGAGGAGGAGAUGCUCAACGAGGAGGAGGGCCAGCCUUUGCUCUCAACUCACAUGAUGUUAGUUAAUUUCCUAAUUUAUUGACAGUACUCUCUCACUGUAACCCUUAUUCCAAUGGGAAGCGAUGGCACUGCGUUGGUGUCUCUGUUUUAAAUGGUGGUUUAUUCAUUCUGCUAAGAAUUUGAGUAUCACAGUAUCGAAAAUAAUGUCUAAUUUGUCUUGCUAAUUUGAUCAUUUUCCCUCUUAAUGUUUUGCAGGUAUAAGCAAAGAGCCAACUUUGCAGUACAAGAUGCAAAGUCAGAAUUCAGUAAGUUAAUGUAGCUUCACAGGCUCAUGUGUUAUUAUACAAUCAAUCAUUGAUCUAUUCCUUAGGGUUAAAGGACACAUCUGUUACCUCAUUUAUGUUGUUUCACUGUUUACUAUCCUGUUAGUCAUCCAAAGCAAUUCCUUGUGUGUUUCCUUCUCUUCAGAGACAAUCCUGCAACUGCUCAAAACCAAAACCAUAUUGCUCCUGAGCUGUUGCAUGGCAUACAGUGGUAAGUAGAUUGUACUGCACAACCAAAAGUCCAUCCAUUUAUGUCAGGGGAAUAGUGUUUUUAGCAGUGUGUUGUCAUCGUAGGUUUGGAGCUGGCUUUCUAUAGUGGUGUGUAUGGGACAUGUAUCGGGGCAACAACAGAGUUUGGAGCGGCAGCUAAAGGCUUGAUUGGGAUCUCUGGAAUCGUGGUGGGGAUUGGAGAGAUAGUUGGUAGGUUUAUGUUGCCCAGUGUAACUUUUACCCAUCACUCUAUGUUGGUGUUACUAUCUAACAAGGAACUAGUUUGACAGUAAUCUGAUGUUAUUUGUCAGGUGGAGGCAUCUUUGGACUAGUAUGUAAGAACAACCGCUUCAGACGGACAUCUGUGGUCUUCCUGGGGAUGGUCGUCCAUUUUAUCGCCUUCUACUUGAUCUACCUCAACAUCCCAGAUGAUGCCCCUGUGGUUUUAAAAACUAGCACACUGAACAAGCCAUAUCUGACACCAAGGUAUUGUUUUAAUAGAAAACAAAAUAAUAAAAACAGGGCUGUAUAUUGUUCAUGUCAGUUGAAAACGACCUGUUGUAACCCCCUCACAGUUGAGCGUGUCCUAUCUGUUUCCUAGUAUCUCCAUCGCACUGCUGUGUAGUUUCCUGCUUGGACUCGGUGACAGCUGUUUCAACACUCAACUGUACAGCAUCUUGGGGCGUGUAUAUGCUGAGCAAAGCACGCCUGCUUUUGCCAUCUUCAAAUUCAUCCAGGUAACCCUCGAGAGAGCUUGAUACAGCUGAUAAUUUACUAAAACAUAUGUACCAGCAACUGAUACUGUGGUGCGCUGGGUGUAGUUCAUUGCAGUGUAGUUGAUUAAUAAUGAAUGGCUGUUGUUUAGGUAUAUGUAGGCCGAUGUAUCCCUUGUGUGGUUAUACUGUAAGAAUAACUAGAGGGAAGGACGAUUGAAAGCCAUAUUGUGUCUGUCUAUUUAGCCACACAAACAUGCAUUAUUAUUAUAUAGCUGUAUGUACCAAUUAGUUUAUCACAGUAGUAUUCUGUAAGAACUCACAAUCUAAGAUACAAUUAAUACAUUACUAUAACAUAGUAGUAACACAAAGUCAACUCUUUGUAUUACUUUCAACAUGUUUCUGUUUCCUUCAUUCCUUUGCCAGUCCAUUUUUGCAGCAGUGGCCUUUUUCUACAGUGGCUACCUGCUGUUGACAUGGCAACUGCUCCUUAUGGCCAUCCUGGGCUUCAUUGGAACACUCUGCUUCUUCAUGGUGGAAAGAAUACAGAACUUCUCUGUAGACCUACAACAAGAAUAUUAGGACCCGUCAUUUCAACACUGGCAGCCAUGUGUGUCAGACUUACAUUUCUAGGUUUUUUUAACAGGAAAGAUACUUUGCACCUUCACUGUCUUAGCUUUAACUUAUCUUGCACAACACACUAAUAAUAUUAUGAGUAAAU